AUGUAUUAAAUGUGUUGUUUAUCAAGAUGAAGGAAAAGGUUGGUAUGGAAGCUAGCAAACAUGGAAACCAAUCAAAUUCAAGAAAUAUUGAGGCGAGGGAGACGUUUACCACCCUGCUGGAGAUAUCCAGGAUACUGAAUACAGGACUAGACAGGGAGACAUUGGCAAUCUGUGUCAGACUCUGUGAACAGGGGGCUAAUCCUGAAGCUUUAGCCACAGUUAUUAAAGAAUUAAGACGCGAGACAGAGGCAAUUAAGAACGCGAGCGAAGCGAGUUAAGCCCCUGAUCAUGACGAACCCGAUUUAUUAAUAAGAAUUAAAUGUCAUGUGAUUAAUCAUGUUAUCCGUAAAAUAUAAAAGUUGGCGGAAAGAAAAGUCGACAUCGACCCAUAACAUCAAACAAUGUCGCAAUUAAACGACAAUAUUUCAGA